CCUCCGCUCCCUUAUCCUCUAUCAUUCAUUCAUUCCCUUUCUCUCUCUCUCUCUCUCUCCUGAGACAAAACAACUCAGCAGCUGCAAGCUCCCAUCUGAAUGGAAUUUCAUGCUCCACACAACACAACACAAACACAGAAAAAGCUAGACCCACUAGUCCACUAAAGUGAGGGUCACCUCAUCACUUCACUUCCACCCCCACAAACACACACACACACAACACAAAGAUAGAGAGAUAGAAGCAAUUUGCAAAUCCAAACCCAAACAAAAAAAAACACACACAUCUAGUGGCAGUACUACUACUACUACAUCUAUAGCUUCUAGCUAGCAAAAGAAAAGAUUUUUUUAUUUUUAUUUUUAUUUUUUAAAUAAAGUCCACCAUUUUUUUCUUAAAAAAAAGGUGUGCUAUCUUAUAGAGAAGUUUCAUUAUAUGAGAUAACUUGAUCAUGGAAUUGGAAGCUGCUGAUCAUCAUCAUCAUCAUCAUCAAAAUGGGAUCCGAACCAGACCCAAUUUCCCUCUUCAGCUCUUAGAGAAAACAGACCUUGAUCUAGAAGAUGUCUCUGAACAACAACAACAACAACCUUGUUCCACAACAGCACACGACGGUGGUGGAGACAUCGUGGCCACGGCAGACCAGGCCAAGAAGCAGCCACCCAAGCGGGCCUCCACCAAGGACCGCCACACCAAGGUGGACGGCCGCGGCCGCCGGAUCCGCAUGCCUGCUGCCUGCGCCGCCAGGGUGUUCCAGCUGACGCGUGAGCUAGGACACAAGUCCGACGGUGAGACCAUCGAGUGGCUCCUCCAGCAGGCUGAGCCAGCAGUCAUCGCCGCCACCGGGACUGGGACCAUUCCUGCCAACUUCACCUCGCUCAACAUCUCACUCCGCAGCUCCGGCUCCUCCAUGUCGGCGCCGUCACACUACUUCCGUGGCAACUACUUCAGCCCCACCACCUUCUCCACCGCCGCCGCUUCUCAGCUUAGGAGCCGCGCCGAGUGGGACAGAAACAUGAACAUGAGCAUGAGCAGUAACAACAUGAAUGAAGAUUCUAGAAGGGUAACUAUGUUGGAGAACCCUUCUUCUUCUCUCUCGUCGAUUAUGAAUUUCAACUCUGUUAGCAACGUGAAUGCCAUGCUACAAGCGAAGCACGAGCUCCGGGAAGAGGAAGCCGCCGCCUCCGGCAGUGGCGGAGGAUUUGAGUUGGUGACCGCGGAUUCUGACGGAAGCUUGGGGAGAAAGAGGAGGCCGGAGCAAGAACUUUCACAGAUGGGAAGUUACUUGUUACAAUCCAACGUGGGGUCACUUCCGGCGAGCCACGCUUCCAAUACGGCAGCGUUUUGGAUGGUGGCGGGUAACGGCGGCAACCAAGGCGUGAGCGGUGGUGGUGGUGCUAGCAAUGGCGAUCCCAUUUGGGCAAUUCCAUCAGUUGGGAAUAGUGGGGUGUAUAGAGGAGCCGUCCCCGCCGCUGCCGGAGGGAUUCAUUUCAUGAAUUUUGCUUCUCCGAUGAUGCCUUUUAUGCCUGGAAGUCAAUUAGGUUCAAGCCUAAUGGGUAACGGUGGUGGCGGCAGCGGUGGUAGUGCAUUUAUGGGUGAAAGUAACUUAGGCAUGCUUUCAGCCCUUAAUGGCUAUAGGCAGAAUCCGGCCAACGGCCUUCCGGAGUCUCCGACCAGUGCCGGGCAACAUCACGGUGGAGGAGGAGGAGAUGAUGGACAUGAUGACUCAACCAGUCAACAUCCCUGAGGAUCAAGUAAUUACAAAUGUAUGAUCUGAUGCUAGCUUCUUAAUUUUUCUUUUAAUUACUCUACUAUAUAAAUUAGCUAGUGUUCUUAUUAAUGGUUUCUAAAUAUUAUAAUUAUAUACAUAAUUAUAUAUGCUAUGUCAAUUUGCAAAAACAUGCAGCCUCAAGUUUGAUUCCUU